CGAAGAUUGCCGAAGAAGCCCGAACGAGAAGCGGUGCUGUCCGGAACAUCCGGCAGCUUAAAACAUAAACAGCAAUGGCGGAAGCAGCUGCAUCGUCCACAGCGGCCCCAGCGAUACCAGGAGGUUGGACCAAACACGUAACUUGCAGGUAUUUUUUGCACGGUCUAUGCAAAGAAGGCGACAACUGUCGAUAUUCUCACGACCUGACCAACAGCAAGCCGGCCGGAGCCAUGCUUUGCAAGUUCUACCAGAAGGGAAACUGUGCAUUCGGGGACCGGUGCAGGUUUGAACAUCUUAAUCCAUCAAAAGAUGAGCCGCCGACCCCCGAGUCAUUGCCUUCAACCUCCGGAGCCAGCCGGCCUGAUCCAGAGCUCAGUGGGCCCACCGGUGGUCUUGAGGCACAAGAUUGGGUCAAUGCUGCGGAAUUUGUGCCUGGGCAGCCGUACUGUGGACGUGCGGAGUCCGCCAAGGUGCGCAACUCCGUCCCACUCAUCGAGGAGUUUGACAGCGAGACGGCGCGCGACGACAAAGAGCUGAUCAAGGAACUGUGUCCGUACGCCGCCGUGGGCGAGUGCCGCUACGGCCUCAACUGCGUCUAUCUCCAUGGCGACGUGUGCGACAUGUGCGGCUUGCAAGUGCUCCACCCCACCGACAACAACCAGCGCUCGGAGCACACCAAGGCGUGCAUCGAGGCCCACGAAAAAGACAUGGAGAUCUCAUUCGCCAUCCAACGCAGCAAGGACAUGAUGUGCGGCGUGUGCAUGGAGGUGGUUUUCGAGAAAAGUAACCCGAGCGAGCGCCGCUUCGGCAUCCUCUCCAACUGCAGCCACUGCUACUGUUUAAAGUGCAUCCGUAGGUGGCGAAGCGCCCGGCAGUUUGAGAGCAGAAUCAUCAAAUCUUGCCCGGAAUGUCGGAUCACAUCUAACUUUGUCAUCCCGAGCGAGUUCUGGGUGGAAGAGAAAGAGGAAAAGCAGAAACUCAUCCAGACAUACAAGGAAGGCAUGGGGGGUAAACCGUGUCGAUAUUUCGACGAGGGCCGCGGAACAUGUCCUUUUGGCUCCAACUGUUUCUACAAGCACGCUUAUCCUGACGGGCGUCUGGAGGAGGCUCAGCCUCCGCGGCGGCAGACCGGGUCCAACAGCAGAAACCGGAACUCACGACACACGCGCCUCUGGGACAUUCUGGACGAGAGAGAAAGCGGCGACUCGUUCGACAACGACGACGAGGAGAUGGUCACGUUCGAGCUGAGCGAGAUGCUCCUCAUGCUGCUCGCCGCCGGCACCGACGAAGAGGUGACCGACUCUGAGGACGAGUGGGACUUGUUUCACGAGGAAUUGGAUGAUUUUUACGAAAUUUACCUAUAGCUUCAACCAAUCCCAUCCCUCCCUUCCCCACAUACUCUAUCUCCCAAUCCUCAUAUUAUAUAUAUAUAUAAAUUUAUAUAUAUAUAUAUCUUACUAAAUCCUAGAAUGGACUGUCUUGUGUGAGUGAUGGACAGUAGUUCCGCCCCCUCAUCUAAACUUGUAUUGUGGCAGUGCCUUUAAGCAGGCCAUCAAUAAAUGAACUUAAAAAAAGGAAAAAAAAACUGCACCAGUGCUGAAAAAGAAAAAAACAAAAAAAAACAAAAAAUGUUUUCUAAAUCCCUGUGACUUAUCCCUUCCUGUCCAAGCAAAACAAAAAAAGUAACAAAACUUUAUUUGGGCGUCGGUUUCACAUGUCGAUCACCUCCCAGGGUUUGUACAUAUGCCUGCCACUCAUUGAAGACGCACAUCAUCUUACCACUUAUUCCAAUUGUGCCAGGCAUGUUGUAAGAUUUGACCCUCCUGCCUUUUAUCGAAGCUGUUUAUGUAUUGCGCUAUUAACCACCACAGCCACGAUCUCGGUGUACUCAGUAUUGACUGUAUCACCAUAAUUUGUUUAUUUGUUGUUCCAUCACUGAUCAAGAGGCGUGUCUAUCACAACGCUCAACUGUGGGUUUGUUAAACCCGAUACCCAUCCGUUUGCACCUUAAAUCACUGAGCAGCUCACAAGCGAUAUGAACUUUAAAUGCCUCCGCCCGACCCGACCCCAUCAUUUCAUUUAAGUGCAAUAUUCUGCUAUCUACUGACUUUAAAUGUUGUAAUGAACUUAAAAGAGGGAGGGUGUCCUUACUCCAAUUCAGGCUAAAAGUACAACGGGGGAAGGGGACGGAGGGGUAGGGGCCACUUUUGGGCUUUAUUGGCCAUAUUUUUAUCAUACACGUUUGAACUGUACUCGUGAAAUGUUUCUCCGCUCCCUCGGUAGCCGGUUACGACCUGUUGAACUCUGUUGGAAUGCAUAUGUUUAUACUGAAAUGUGUGUUUUCUAUGUUCCACGGCCAUCCAUCUUAACUUGAAAUUAAAAGUUUAUUAUCAAUA